AAAUUCAUUGCCAUCGUGUCAGUUGGUUGGCAGCGAAAUUUGUUACUAAAAAAAAUUUACCUUCUAUAAAUAUUUAUAAUUAAAAACAAAUUGUUUUUUCUUCAUUAUUUUUUUGUAUAAUAUUGUUAAUGUUUUUUGUUAUAUACUUUUAAAACCAGUGCAUUUUUAUCAAAAUGUUAGAUCUAUUUACCAUAUUCACAAAAGGAGGCAUUGUCUUGUGGUGCUUUCGUGCCACUGAUCAAAUAUUUACAUCUCCCAUAAAUAGUUUAAUACGUGGAAUUAUUCUUCAAGAACGAACAAUUGGAUCAAAAGACUUUGAACACAACAAUUUAGCUUUGCGCUACAAAUUAGACAAUGAACUCGAUAUUGUUUUGGUGGUUGCAUUCCAAAAGAUUAUUAAAAUGUCUUAUUUAGAUAAGUUUCUAAACGAUGCUCAUCUCGAAUUUAGAGACAAAUAUAAAAAUGAACUUUCAACGGGUGAAAAGUUGAACUUUGAUUACGAUUUUAUGAAUGAAUUUGAAAGAAUUCUAGCUGCGUCCGAGUCUUGGGGCAAGAAGGAGGAAAAAGUUCCAAAAGCAAUGCGUAGCUAUGGCGAAUCGGAAAAGUCUAAGAAGACAGUUUCGUCUAUGAUUGAAUCAGGACCGAAUGCUGCGGCCAAGCCGCAAGGCAAGAAGGUACAAAUUGUUGAGAAGCAACACCAACUGCACCAGCAGUUUGGUGGGCAAAAGUCUCGAGAAGAGAUUAUUCAAGAGAAUCGAAAGAAACUGAUGGAGAAGAUGGCUGGAAAGAAGAGUCCUACGGAGGAGAAGAAGAAGACUCCGAAAGAGAAUGAAAAGGCUGGCAAGAAGCCAAGGGUUUGGGAACUUGGUGGUGAUUCGAAAGAUAUGACUAAUUUGGAUAGAUCUAGGGAUCGUCCAGAUGAGAGAAAGUUGGAAUUAACUCAGGAAUCUGUUGAGAUGAUUGGUUCAAUGAAGGGCGUCAUUCAGGAUCUGGAAGUGGAAAGCGAAGAAGACGAAGAUGAAGAAGAAGAAUACACUCAAUCUGCUCGUAAGGAAACUAAGAAAGCUAAAUCCGGAGUAUUUUCUCUGUUCCGUGGAUUUGUUGGCUCAAAGAAUCUAACAAGAGAAGAUGUCGAGCCUGCAUUGGAUAAACUAAAAGAUCAUUUGAUUUCAAAAAAUGUAGCCUCAGAUAUUGCCCAAAAACUAUGCGAAUCUGUGGCCUCAAAAUUGGAAGGAAAGGUUUUAGGAACUUUCGAAUCUGUAGCCACUUCCGUCAAAACCGCACUCACUCAAUCUCUAGUACAGAUUUUAUCACCAAAACGACGAGUUGACAUUAUCAGAGAUGCUCUUGAGGCGAAACGCGCCAAUAGACCCUUUGUUAUGGCUUUUUGUGGAGUAAAUGGUGUAGGAAAGUCAACAAAUCUGGCAAAGAUUUGCUUCUGGUUGAUUGAGAACGAUUUUAGUGUAUUGAUUGCAGCAUGCGAUACCUUUAGGGCUGGAGCUGUUGAACAGCUACGAACGCACACUCGCCAUUUGAAUGCCCUGCAUCCACCACAAAGACACAACAACCGCACCAUGGUGCAAUUGUAUGAGAAGGGUUAUGGUAAGGACGCUGCUGGAAUAGCCAUGGAGGCCAUUAAACACGCCAACGAUACUGGUAUCGAUGUGGUUUUAGUCGAUACUGCCGGCAGGAUGCAAGACAAUGAACCAUUGAUGAGGGCAUUAGCCAAACUUAUCAAAGUCAAUGACCCUGAUUUGGUAUUGUUUGUGGGUGAGGCAUUGGUUGGCAAUGAAGCCGUUGAUCAGCUUGUCAAGUUCAAUCAGGCCUUGGCUGAUUAUUCAUCCAAUGAGAAUCCACAUAUUAUUGACGGAAUUGUACUUACGAAAUUCGAUACAAUUGAUGAUAAAGUUGGCGCUGCCAUAUCUAUGACUUAUAUCACAGGACAGCCGAUUGUUUUUGUAGGAACUGGACAAACAUACACUGAUUUGAAGGCCAUCAAUGCUAAGGCUGUUGUGCAUGCUUUGAUGAAAUAAUAAAAUGCUUGAUUUUUCUAUUACAUUUAUUUCA